AGGGUCUGCUACAUGUUACACAAAAUUAUAGUUUUGUAAGUCACACGAAAAUAUGAUUCGGCCGUAAAUAGACCCAAGCCCAAUUCCUAACGAGUGGCGGAACUCAGUGUCUCUCUCUCUUUCUCUGAGCACUGUCUGUCUGACUAACUGUUACAGUUCCAUUGAUUCUCCCUCCACUCCAUUCUACAGUCUACACCAUACCAAUCAUUUCCGUACACACACCUCUCUCUCUCUCUCUCUCUCUGAAAGAUCUCUGAGAAACAUGGGAACGGAGGAUGAAGCAGCGCCGCCGUCGUCGUCUCUGGUGAAGAAGAAGAAACAGGGUUUGGGGUGGAUAGAAUGGAUCAGAGGCUGGAUGGUGGUGGUUCAGGAGAUGCUAUUUCAGCGGAUCAUGGCUUCCCACUUGCACAACCCUAUGCCACUUCCUCCCAUCAACGACCUCACCUGCAUUGUCACCGGAUCCACCAGCGGCAUUGGCCGUGAAAUCGCAAGGCAAUUGGCACAAGCAGGGGCUCAUGUUGUUAUGGCUGUUAGGAACACAAAGGCAGCUCAAGAGUUGAUACAGCAGUGGCAGAUUGACUCUGAAGGGUUUUGUAUUGCUCUCAAUGUUGAGGUGAUGCAACUUGAUCUUCUCUCAUUGGAUUCUGUUGCAAGGUUUGCUGAAGCUUGGAAUGCUCGCUCAGUUCCCGUGAAUGCUCUCAUUAACAAUGCUGGAAUCUUCUCCAUUGGAGAGCCACAAAAGUUUUCGAAAGAUGGUUACGAAGAACACUUGCAAGUGAAUCAUCUUGCUCCUGCUUUGCUCUCAGUACUUCUUUUGCCAUCACUUAUGCGGGGUUCUCCUAGUAGGAUUGUGAAUGUGAAUUCUGUUAUGCAUUACGUUGGCUUUGUUGACCCCGAAGACAUGAAUGUUACGUCUGGUAAAAGGAAAUAUUCUAGUUUUAUUGGGUACACAAGCAGCAAACUUGCAGAGGUAAUGUUUAGUAGUGUUCUUCAUAAACGAAUCCCUGCUGAAGCUGGCAUCGGUGUAGUGUGUGUAUCACCUGGAAUUGUCCAGACCAAUGUUGCAAGGGAUCUUCCAAAAAUUGUUCAAGCUGCUUACCGUUUGAUACCUUACUUUAUCUUUAAUGCUCAAGAAGGUUCCCGGAGUGCGCUUUUUGCUGCCACAGAUCCUUCAGUUUCAGAGUAUUGUGAAAUGCUGAGAUCAGAUGAGUGGCCCGUUUGUGCUUUUAUUUCUCAAGAUUGCCGUCCGGCAAAUCCAUCAGAAGAGUCGCACGAAGUUCAAACGCAAUACGAAGUAUGGGAGAAGACCUUGGAGAUGAUUGGCCUUCCUUCAGAUGCCGUCGAGAGGCUUAUAGAGGGACAGGAAGUCAAAUGCCGUUAUGGACAACUGCAGUAGUGACCUAAAGUGUAUUCCACGCGCCGCAGCCAAAUGUCAUGUGAGGGCAGCAGUUUAUUAUUUAUAGCAAGUGAUGAGCAUUACUAAUAAACAGGUGUUUAUAUGUUUUAGCUUAUUACCUAACAUAUUGAUGGUCAUGUUCAGGAGUAAGAACAAAUUAAAUUAGCACUAUAGAGGCUUAGUGAUUUCAUAAAUCAUUGCAUUUAAGUUCUUGUUGAAUUUAGUUGAAUACAAAACUAAUUUUCUCUA